UCAGAAGGCGACGAGCCAUCUUCCCUUUUCAUCUCUCUCUGACUCAGCGGUGUUUGACCAUGGAAAGCUCAUACCCCACCUUCAGUUUCAAAAACUACAUGGCCCAAAAAGUCAACGCCAUCAACCAAGCUCUAGACGCCGCCGUUUCGCUGAAAGAGCCCCGGAAGCUCUACGAGGCCAUGCGCUACUCCCUCCUCGCCGGCGGCAAGCGAGUCUGCCCCAUCCUCUGCAUCGCCGCCUGCGAGCUCGUCGGUGGCACCGAAAGCAUGGCGAUAGCAGCCGCUUGCGCUGUGGAGAUGAUCCACACCAUGUCUCUGAUCCACGACGACCUUCCUUGCAUGGACAACGACGAUCUCCGCCGCGGAAAGCCCACGAGCCACAAGGUCUUCGGCGAGGCCUUGGCGGUUCUCGCCGGCGAUGCCCUCUUGGCAAAGGCGUUCGAGCACAUAGCGGCGUUCACUGUGGGCGUGCCGCCGGAGAGGAUCGUCCGUGGGAUUGGGGAGCUCGCGAGAUUCAUUGGGCCCGAAGGGGUUGUUGGCGGCCAAGUUUUUGAUAUAAGUUCAAAGGGAAUUUCUGACGUGACCUUGGAGCACCUCGAGCUCAUCCAUCUGCGCAAGACCGCGGCCAUGGUGGAAGGGACUGCGGUUCUCGGAGCCGUACUGGGAGGAGGUUCCGAUGAGGAGAUUGAGAGACUGAGGGCUUUCGCGAGAUACACUGGGUUGCUUUAUCAGGUAGUGGAUGACAUUCUUGACAUGACAAAAUCGUCGGUGGAACUGGGAAAAACGGCAGGGAAGGACUUGGUGGCUGAUAAGGCCACGUAUCCGAAGCUGAUGGGCAUCGAGAAGUCGAGAGAAUUUGCAGAGAAACUGAAGGACGAUGCCCGGGAUCAGCUCUCCGGGUUUGACCCUGAGAAGGCGGCGCCGUUGGUUGCUCUGGCCAAUUACGCUGCUCAUCGCUCCAACUAGUCUCCUUUCACUGCUUCAACUGCUUGUUUCUUCAGAUUGCCGAUCUUC